CUUAAUUUUCUCACUGUGGAAUUCUCUCUUCCAGCUUCUUUCCUCCUCUCCUCCCCUAGAGAAUCUUUCCCUCUCAUGUAGCCAUGAUGUCUAUCAACAAAGGGAAAGAAAUAGCAGAAGGGUCAUCAAGAUCAGCAGCAUCUGCUGAUCAUCAACAGAAUAAUCCGCCGCAGUUGAGCCGGUAUGAGUCACAGAAGCGGCGGGACUGGAACACUUUUGGUCAGUACUUGAGAAACCAGCGACCUCCGGUGGCUCUUUCACAGUGUAACUCCAAUCAAGUGCUUGAAUUUCUCCAGUACCUGGACCAGUUUGGCAAGACUAAGGUGCACUUACAAGGGUGCGUGUUCUUUGGACAGCCGGAGCCGCCAGGACCCUGCACUUGUCCUCUGAAGCAAGCUUGGGGCAGCCUUGAUGCACUAAUCGGUCGGCUUAGAGCUGCCUAUGAAGAAAAUGGUGGAUUACCUGAAACUAAUCCGUUUGCAAGCGGCGCAAUCCGGAUUUACUUGAGGGAAGUGAGGGAUUCUCAAGCUAAAGCAAGGGGAAUUCCAUAUAAGAAAAAGAAGAAGAAGAGAAAUAUUCCAGUGAAGUCGAAUGUUGAUAGCUCCAACUUCCCUAUGCAGCAACCUUGAUUUUCUUUCCUAUGAUUUUUCUGAAAAAUGGUCUUAAAUAAAAUCUGAUCACUUCGAGUUUGCGCGCAGUUAGCUAUGAGAUCUCUAUCUUGCUCGAGAUAGCUAGGUAGAGAUAGCACGGUGCGUGUUUAUCGUUUAUAUAUGUGAGAAUCAAGUCGUAGGAAAUGAAGCAAGAAGUUGGGAGAUUUAGAAAGGUGAGUUGCCUUUUCUCCCUUAUAAAUGUUUCCUUUAUAUAAAUCAUAGUUCAAGUCUCAACUAAGUUUGUAAUUUAUAUAUCAACAAUCACAUAUAUUUUUCGGGUGUAUGUAUAUAUGCAAAGACCAUUACAUUGCAUUGCAAAUGUUGCAAACGUUUUUAUGAUAUUGUGGAUAAAAGGUACCUUGCUAC